AUGAAAUAUUCAAAAUUAACAACAACUCAGUUCCUUUCUCUUCUCGAACUAUCAUCACCAACUAUCAAUACCAACGAAUUAUAUACCUGCACACGAAAUGCGAAUGUUACUAUCCAAAACAUCGACGACGUCUUUACCGUUCUUAAAGCUGUCAAAAAAUACAUGAAAUUCAAUAUAUUUGAUGAUAUUAUUGAUUUUUUAAAGGAAAAUGAUAAUGAAAUGCAUGAUUAUGCAGAAGAAAUCAUAAAGCUUGAACAACAAAUUAAAGAACUUCAAAAUGAAAAGAAUCAAACUCAAGAAAACAGUGAUCAUUCUCUAGAUAUUUUAAGUGAAACAUCAUCAUCUGAUGAACCUGAAGAACUUUGUGCUAGAAUCGAUAUAGAAAGUAUUGCAAGUGAAAAAAGAAUACUUAAACUUGUUGUUAUGGGUGAUACGGAAGUUGGCAAAACAUGCUUACUGAAUAGAUUAAUUAAAAAUGUUUUUACAGUUAAUACUCCAAAAACAAUUGGUUUAUGUUUUUCUUAUUAUUACAUUCAUAAUCAAAAAGGACGAAUACUACUACAUAUUUGGGAUGUAGCUGGAGAAGAAAAGUAUCGUACAAUUACUUCAAAUUUUUAUAAAUCGACAGAUUUUGCACUAAUUUGCUUUGAUCUAACUAAUAAAGCCAGCUUUAAAGAUUUAGAGAGUUGGUAUACAGAAAUUAUUAAAAAUGCAACUCCCGGUAUUAAAUUUGUUAUCGUGGGUAAUAAAAAAGAUUGUGAUGAAAAUAGAGUCGUCACAUCUGAAGAGGCAAUGAACUUUGCCAAAUCUCAUGGAGCAGCAUUUUAUAUUGAAACAUCAGCAAAGACAGGAGCAAACGUUCGCGAACUCUUUUUACGAAUUGCCCAAUGA